AUGCAGCUGGGGGCGCUCUGCCUCUGCCUGCCGGGCGGCUUUUUCCGCCUGGGAGGUGGCGUCCUCCUCCGCCGCGGGGACUUCAGCGGCCUGGCGAGCUCCUCCAGGCUUGGGGGUUCCGGCCAGGCGGCCGGCCGGCGCCACGGCACGCCCGGACGCCCGGCAAGCACGGCCGCCGCCCGACCGGCCGGAGCCGCCCGCCACGCCCGCCGGCCGGCCGGGACGGCCGACCGCCGCCCGGCGCACCGCAGCCCGCCCGCCGGCCGGCAGCCGCACCGGCACGGCCGGCCAACGCACGACACGCCGGACGGCCAGCCCGCAGGCCCGGCCGGCCGGCACGGCCCGGCCGGGCACGGCCGGCCGCGCGGCAGGCGGCCGGCCGGCCAGGGCCGGCCGGCCGGCGCGGCCGGCCGCGGCCGGCCGGCCGGCCGCCGGCCGGCCGGCCGGCCGGCGGCCGGCCGCCGGCGGCCGGCCGGCCGGCCGGCCGCCGGCCGGCCGCCGCGGCCGCGCGGCCGGCCGGCCCGCGGCCGGCCCCGCCGGCCGCCGGCCGGCCGGCGCGCCGGCCGCCGGCGCCGGCCGGCCGGCCGGCCGGCCGGCCGGCGCGGCCGGCCGCCGGCCGGCCGCCGGCGCGGCCGGCCGGCCGGCGGCCGGCCGGCGCGGCCGGCCGGCCGGCCGGCCGCCGGCGGCCGGCCGGCGCGGCCGCCCGGCCGGCCGGCCGGCCGCCGCGCCGGCCGGCCGGCCGCCCGCCGGCCGGCGGCCGGCCGGCGCGCCGGCCGCCGGCCGCGCCGGCCGCGCCGGCCGCGCCGCCGGCCGGCCGGGCGGCCGGCCGGCCGGCCGGCGGCCGGCCGGCCGGCCGCGGCCGGCCGGCGGCCCGGCCGGCGCCGCGCCGCGCGGCCGGCCCGCGGCCGGCCGCCGGCCGGCCGGCCGCCGCGGCGGCCGCCCGGCCGCCCGCCGGCCGCGCCGCCGGCCGGCCGCGGCCGGCCCGGCGCCGGCCGCCCGCCGGCCGGCGGCGCCCGGCCGGCCCGCGCCGGCCGCGCGGCCGGCGCCGGCGGCGGGCCGCCGCGCCCGGCCGCCGGCGGCCGCCGGCCGGCCCGGCCGCGGCCGGCCGCCGCGGCGCCGGCGGCCCGCGGCCGCCCGGCCCGCGCGCCGGCCGCGGCGCCCGGCCGGCGGCCGGCCGCCGCGCCGGCCGCCCGGCCGGCGCCGGCCCGGCCGGCGGCCCGGCCGCCCGGCCGGCCCGCCCGGCGCCGGCGCGCCCGGCCGCCCGCCGGGCGGCCGGCCGCCGCGGCGGCCCGGCCGCCGGCGCCGGGCCGGCGGCCGCCGGCCGGCCCGGCCGCCGGCCCGGCGCGCCGGCCGCCCGGCCGCCCGGCCCGCCGCCGGCCCGCCGGCCGGCCGCCCGGCCGCGCGGCCCGGCGCCGGCCCCGGCGGCGCCCGGCCGCCCGCGCCCGCGCCGGCCGCGGCGCCGCCGCCGCCCCGCGCCGGCCGCCCGGCCGCGGCGCCGGCGGCCCGCCGGCCGGCGGCCGCCGCCCGGCCGCGCCGGCCGGCCCGGCGCCCGCCCGCGCCGGCCGCGCCGGCCGCCGGCCCGCGGCCGGCGGCCGGCCCGCCGGCCGCCGCGGCCCGGCCGGCGCGGCCCGGCCGCGCCGCCCGCGGCCCGGCCGCCCGCGCGCCGCCCGCCCGGCGCCGCCCGGCCGGCCCGGCCGCCGGCGCGGCCGCCGGCGCGGCGGCCGCCGGCCGCGCCGGCCGCCGCGGCCGCCGCCCGGCCCGCCGGCCGCGCCGGCCGGCCGCCGGCCCCGCGCCGCCGCGCCGCCCGCCGCCGCCCGGCCGCCCGCGGCCGCCCGCGCCGCCGGCCGCCGGCCGCGGCCGGCGCCCGGCCGCCGGCCGCCGGCCGCGCGGCCGCGCCCGCCGCCCGGCCCGCGCCGGCGGCCGCGCCGGCCGGCGCCCGCCGCGGCCCGGCGCCGCGCCGGCGGCCGGCCGCCGGCCGGCCCGCCCGCCGGCCGCGCCGCGGCCGCGCCCCCGGCCGCGCCGCCGGCCCGCCGCGCCCGCGCGCCGCCGGCCGGCCGCCCGCCCGCCGCGGCCGGCCCGCCGGCGCCGGCCCGGCCGCCCGGCGCCGGCGGCGCCGCCGCGGCCGCCGGCCGCGCCGGCGCGGCCCCGCCCGCCGGCCCGGCCGGCCGCGCCGCCGCCCGGCGCGCGCCGGCCGCCGGCCGGCCGCGCCGGCCGCCCCGCCGCCGCGCCGCCGGCGCGCCCGGCCGCCGCGCCGCCCGCCCGGCCGGCCGCGCCCGCCGGCCGGCCGCCCGGCCGCCGGCCGCCGCGCCGGCCGGCCGCGCCGCCGCCGGCGGCCGCGCCGCCCGCGCGGCCGGCCCGGCCGGCCGGCCGGCCGCGCCGGCCGGCCGGCCCGGCCGCCGGCCGCCGCCGCCCGGCCGGCCGGCCCGCGCCGCCGCGCCCGCCGCGCCGCCGCCGGCCCGGCCGCGCCGCCGCGCCGCCGGCCCGCCGCCGCCGGCCCCGCCGCCCGGCCCGCGCCGGCCCGCCGCCGGCCGCCGCCCCGCGCCGGCCGGCCCGGCGCCGCCCGGCCGCGCCGCGCCCGGCCGCGCCGGCCGCGGCGCCGCCGGCGCCGGCCGCCCGCGCCGCGGCCGCGCCCGGCCGGCCGCCCGCGCCGCCGCCGCGCCCGGCCGCCGGCCGGCCGCCGCCCGCGCCCGCCCGCCGGCCGCGGCCGCCGCCCGCCGCGGCCCGCCCGCCCGCGCCGCCGCCGCCGGCCGCCGCCGGCCGCCCGCCCGGCCGCCCGCGCCGCCGCCGCCCGGCCCGCCCGCCCGCCCGCGGCCCGGCGCCGCCGCGGCCCGGCCGGGCGCCGCCGCCGCGCCGCCCGCCGCCCCGGCGCCGGCCGCCCGCCCGCUGCCGGCCUCGCCACGCCCUCCGCCCGGCCCGCCCGGCCGCCCGCCCGCCUCCGGCCGCCCGCCCGGCCGUCCGUCCCGCACCGUCACCGCCCUGUCCGCCCGUGCCCCUGCCCUGCCCUGCCCUCCCUCCCGGUUCCGGCCGCCCUGCCUCCCGCCCGCCAUGCCGCCCGUCCUCCCUGCCUCCCGUCCUCCCGCCCUCCCGGCCUCCCUUCUCUCCCGCCCGCCCGUCCGCCUGCCAACACAGCUCAACUCCACUAAGUAA